CCCUCUCGCCCCCCCCACCCCCCCCCCCCCCCCCCCCCCCCCCCCCCCCCCCGCGAUCGCGCGCGCCGCCGCCGGUGACCUCCCCACGCGCCUACCCAGCCGUCACCAUGGCGGACGUCGCCGGGGACCGGGCCCACGCGGCCGAGCCGGAGGAGGCGCGGCCGCCCUCAUCGGCCGCGGCGGCGGCGGAGGAGGAGGAGGAGGAGGAGGAGGAGGGGGACGUGUGCCGGAUCUGCCGCAACCCCGGCGACGACGAGCACCCGCUCCGCUACCCGUGCGCCUGCAGUGGCAGCAUCAAGUUCGUGCACCAGGACUGCCUCCUCCAGUGGCUCGACCACAGCAACUCGCGUCAGUGCGAGGUUUGCAAACAUGCGUUUUCUUUCUCGCCUGUGUACGCUGACAAUGCUCCGUCAAGACUCCCCUUCCAAGAACUUAUUGUUGGUGUUGGGAUGAAAGCAUGCCAUGUACUUCAGUUUGUCCUUCGGCUUGCCUUUGUUCUUUCAGUUUGGCUCAUGAUUAUCCCUUUCAUCACCUAUUGGAUAUGGAGGCUAACAUUUGUGAGAAGUCUUGGUGAAGCACAGAGGCUAUUCUUGAGUCAUAUCAGUGCUCAGUUGAUCCUAAGUGAUUGUUUACAUGGUUUUCUUCUCUCAGCUAUUAUUGUCCUUAUAUUUCUUGGAGCUACCUCUUUAAGGGACUAUAUAAGGCACUUGCGGGAACUUGGAGGACAUGAUGCUGAGAGGGAUGAUGGGGGCCGUGAAAGGCAUGGUGCACGAGCUGUCAGAAGGUUACCUGGUCCUAAUAACAGGGUUCCUGCUGCAGAUGGUAAUGUUGAUGAAUUAGCAGAAGCCCAAGGACUUGGUGCAGGUGAACUUUUAAGAAGAAAUGCAGAAAAUGUUGCCGCUCGAUUAGAACGACUUGAAGCUCAAGUUGAGCAGAUGCUAGAUGGUUUGGAUGAUGCAGAUGGUGCAGAGGAUGUUCCAUUUGAUGAACUUGUAGGAAUGCAAGGCCCUGUUUUCCACUUGGUUGAGAACGCAAUAACAGUUCUGGCCAGCAAUGCUAUAUUCCUCAUUGUUGUGAUCUUUGUACCAUUUUCAUUGGGAAGGAUUGUCCUGUACUAUCUGUCAUGGUUUUUCUCUUCAGCUUCUAGUCCCAUGCUGGCAAAAAUGAUGCCGUUUACUGAAACUGCUAUUUCAUUAGCUAAUGAUACAUUGAAGAGUGCACUUAAUGCCGUGAAGAACUUAUCUUCUGACAGCCACAACGAAGGUGUCAUUGGUCAUGUCAUUGAGGUGGUUACUCAAUCCUUGAAGAUAAAUGCCACUAGUCUUACUGUAAUGCAGGCCACUGGGAAGAACAGUCUGAUAAAAGGAACUGCUAUUGGCUCGUCUUAUCUUUCUGAUCUCACAACUCUUGCUGUGGGAUAUAUGUUUAUCUUUUGCCUUGUCUUUGUGUACAUCGGAUCGUUGGCUUUACUGCGCUAUGCGAGGGGAGAACGGUUCACCAUUGGGAGGCUCUAUGGUAUAGCUACCAUUUUAGAGGCUAUUCCAUCCCUUUGCAGGCAGUUCUUUGCUGGAAUGAAGCAUCUCAUGACUAUGGUCAAAGUUGCAUUCCUUUUGGUCAUUGAACUUGGUGUAUUUCCACUUAUGUGCGGUUGGUGGCUUGAUGUAUGCACCUUAAAGAUGUUGGGUGCAACAAUUGCUCAAAGAGUUGAAUUCUUCACAAUGUCACCGUUAGCAAGCUCCUCAAUCCAUUGGCUUGUUGGGAUUAUAUAUAUGCUGCAAAUAAGCAUAUUUGUCAGUCUUCUUCGAGGGGUACUGCGCAACGGAGUUCUUUAUUUUCUGCGUGACCCUGCCGAUCCAAAUUACAAUCCGUUUAGGGACCUAAUUGAUGAUCCUGUGCAUAAACAUGCUCGGCGAGUUCUUCUGUCUGUUGCUGUGUAUGGAAGCUUGAUCGUGAUGCUUGUCUUCUUACCUGUCAAACUGGCCAUGCGAGUUGCUCCAUCUAUUUUUCCUCUGGAUAUCACCAUUUUUGACCCAUUCACAGAGAUCCCAGUUGAUGUGCUUCUGUUCCAAAUAUGCAUCCCAUUUGCAAUUGAGCAUUUCAAGCCUCGUGCAACAAUUAAAGCACUUCUGCAUCAUUGGUUUGCUGCUGUUGGUUGGGCAUUAGGCUUAACUGAUUUCUUACUGCCAAGACAUGAAGAAAAUGGUGGGCAAGAGAACUGGAAUGGCAGAGCAGGCAGAGAAAGGGCGCAUGGUGGACGGGAAGUGGUUGCCCCACAGCUGGAGCAGCGUAUGAUACAACAUGUUGCUGACAAUCAAAAUGGCAGGGGUAAUCCCAAUGAAAAUAGUGAGGUUGCUGAAGAAUCUGAUGUUGAUGACCAGGGGGAUUCAGAGUAUGGUUUUGUUCUUCGGAUUGUGCUCCUGCUUGUAUUGGCAUGGAUGACUCUACUGAUAUUCAAUGCUGGAAUGAUUGUUAUUCCAAUCUCGCUUGGUCGUUUGGUUUUUGAGGCUAUUCCUCGCCUGCCAAUCACGCAUGGCAUCAAGUGCAAUGAUUUGUUCUCUUUCAGCAUUGGAUGUUAUAUUAUCUGGAGUGCAGCAGCUGGAACCAGAUAUGCAAUUGAUUACAUUAGAUCACGACGACUGGCCUUCCUAGUGCAACAAAUUUGCAAGUGGUGCUCUAUUGUUGUGAAGAGUUCUGCUCUCCUGUCAAUAUGGAUCUUUGUUAUUCCUGUGUUGAUUGGACUCCUGUUUGAGCUCCUGGUCAUUGUACCUAUGCGGGUGCCUAUUGAUGAGAGCCCGGUUUUUCUGUUGUAUCAGGAUUGGGCUCUUGGGUUAAUAUUCUUAAAAAUAUGGACUAGGCUGGUUAUGUUGGAUCAAAUGGCACCUUUGGUUGAUGAAAGCUGGAGGACGAAGUUUGAGAGAGUUAGAGAGGAUGGCUUCUCGCGUUUGAGAGGUCUAUGGGUCCUGCAUGAAAUCAUAAUGCCUAUCGUCACCAAGCUCCUUACGGCUCUCUGCGUUCCAUACGUUCUUGCAAGGGGUGUCUUCCCAGUGCUUGGCUACCCACUCAUUGUGAACUCAGCAGUCUACCGUUUUGCCUGGCUUGGCUGCCUUAUAUUCAGCGCGCUGUUCUUCUGUGGCAAGAGAUUCCAUGUUUGGUUUACCAAUCUCCACAAUUCCAUUAGGGAUGACCGGUAUCUGAUUGGGCGGAGGCUGCACAACUUCGGCGAGGACUCGCCCCAUUCGAGUGAAUCCGGGGGUACUACAGCAUCAGACGAUGACGAACCCGAGCAAGCACUGAUCCCACGGGAUCAGGAAGGUGAGCUGGGGCUGAGGUUCAGGCGCCACAUCAUGCGUGGAAACCAACAACCCAGGAUGGCUGCAUAAGCAGGGACGAGUUUUUGACAAGGGGCAUAGACACGGUCUAACUUUUGCCCUGGAUCUUCUGCUUGUGGUUAGUAAUCCGCAUUGUAGAGUGAACGAAUCCGUCAGUUAGUGCUAGGAAAAGGUAAGGAUUGUUGUACAACAAAGACCCAAGGGAAGAACAGCU